CAGUUUUGCUCUCGCGAGUCACAGCUGUGAUCGAAUUAUUUUGUGGAAGUCACUUAUAAGGCAACUCUAGGUUUGAAGGUACAAUGAUGGAUCCAUACAAUUUUACGAACAGUCCUCUCAAUUACAGCUCAUCCGAGUAUGAAGAUGACUAUGAUGAUUAUGAUGAGGAUACAGAUCUCAGGAAAUCUCUUAAUAUCAUGUCACUGAUAGUCUACAGUCUGGCUUUUGUACUUGGAGUGGUUGGGAAUGGCAUUGUCAUUUGGGUUACUGGAUUCAAAAUGAAAAGGACAGUCAACACGGUCUGGUUUCUGAACCUUGCUGUAGCAGAUUUCCUCUUCACUGCCUUCCUCCCUCUCAGCGUGGCUUAUACAGCUAUGGGUUUCCAUUGGCCUUUUGGCCAGUUCAUGUGCAAAUUCAACAGCACUCUCAGUUUCCUCAACAUGUUUGCCAGUGUGUACAUCCUGGUUGUGAUCAGCGUUGACCGCUGUGUGUCUGUGGUGCGUCCUAUCUGGGCACAAAACCAUCGGAAUGUGAGCCGAGCUUCUGUGGUGAGCUUUGGAGUUUGGUUAUUCGCCCUGGUGCUGAGCUCACCCUACUUUGUCUUCAAGGACACUGCCCCCGACCACAGCAACUCAAACAUAAUCAACUGCUUCAACAACUUUGCAUUCUCCGAUGACUAUGAAACACCAGAGGUGGUGGAGCUCCGUAUUCUACGGCAUCGUGCCAUGAUCAUUACCCGUUUCAUCAUAGGCUUUGUGGUGCCUUUUGUGAUCAUCGUCUCCUGCUAUGCGGUCAUCAUCCAUCAGUAA